CCCAACCCCCCUCCACCCCCAAGCACCCUCACCACUCCCAACUCCACCACCCCUCUCUACACCCUACACAAAACGCUCUCCCCCCCGAAGGCGUUCCCAGGCCAGGACCAAGGCCAUGGCCAAAGCCAAAGCCAGAGCCAGGUCAUUUUGAUCCGCCGCUCCACCGACGGCGCCAUCCUCCUCGGCACUCCCUCUCCUUCUGCCUUGCUCAACAACCCUUCCUAUGCGAACAACAACAAGCAAUUUUCCACCUUCUCGCCCCCUUCUUGUGUUUCUCCUGCUGCUGCACAGCCAGUAGAUACGAAUAUAGUUCGGGAGUUGAUGAAGGGCGCCGUCCAAUUCGAGGCGUCACCAGCCGGAGCAGGAACGAGAAGGGGAGGAACCGGAAUAAUAGGAGCUCCCGAAGCGGCGGCUAGGGUUCUGAAUCAUGAGAAUCUGGUGAGUUUGCAUGGGGAGUGGGUGAGCGGGGUGGUGGAUGGGGUGGGGCCGAUGAUGUUGGGAGUUUUUGGUGCUAAAGGGGAAAUGAUGAUGGGGAAGAGAAAGGUAGUCGACAAAACGGAGCGGUGGUUGGUGUGGGAUUGGUGCGAUGCGGGAAGCGUAAAGGGGUUGAUUGAGUUUUAUGGAGGCGGGGUGGGGGAGUGUAUUAUUUGGGGACAGGUUGAUGAGGUUGUUGCUGCUGCUGCUGCUGCUGCUGCUGCUGCGAAGGGGUCGAAGACGAAGACGAAAAAGAAGGGAGGGUUUCCGAGAAAGGAAGAGCUGGGGACCAUAGUGGUAGAAGGAAAACCAAGUCAGUUCAAGUCGGGCGGUGCCUUCCUCCCAGAGAGUCUGGUCUGGCAUGUUGGCUUGGGGGUUCUGCGGGCGUUGAUGUACUUGCAUGAAGGGAAGAGGGAUGUGAUCAGCGUUGAGAAGGAUCCAGUGACUGGAGGGUUCAAGAGGGUGAGAAAGGUUCACGGCCCACCGGAGACGGAGCCGGAUUGGAUGCCUAUUUUGCAUCGAGACGUCAGGGCGGAGAAUAUCUACAUGCAGCAUUCAAGGGGGAUAGAGACGUAUGGCGCGGUGAAGUUGGGCGGGUUCGAGAAUUGUUAUGUUAGUGCGGCGGUAGUGAUGGCGCAGGAUGAGGAGGAGGGGUUUGAGAGGGUGCCGCUGGUGGCGAUGGAGAGGGAAGUGGUGGGCGAGGAGGAGUUGAGGAACCGGUGGAAGGAAUGGCAGGAUGAAAGAUAUGAUGUUGAUGUGUCCAGACGUCCAUACACCCGCGGCAACGACCUCUACGCCCUCGGCACCAUCCUCUACCACAUGAUGGUCGGCCGUCCGCUCCCACCCGUCCCGGAGGAGUGUCCUUUCUGCAAGUGUCACCACGUCCAGUUCUUGACCAAUGCGCCCGGUGAAAAGAAAAAGGCUUGCACCCAUAUGAACUGCGACUACCAAGACGUGAAUCACGAGGUGGAUAUUGGGCACCUCAUGAAGAAUGGUACCCGCGGGAAGUACACCAAGGGCCUAGCUGGGCUUGUGGGUGUGCUCUUGAGGCAGUACAGAAACGACGAGAUGAGGGCUAGUGAUAUCCUGGAUAGGGCUGGCUGGAGGGGGUACGAGGAGUGGAAGACGGCCACGCCGGAUGGAAAGCUGUUCAAGGAUGCGACGGAUGAUAUGAUGUUUAGGAAGAAUAAUGAGAUUGUGGCAAAGAGGAAUUUGGCAGCUCAGCAGGCCAGUCAGCCUAUGAAUGUUUAG